ACCUGACGUGUCGCGGUGAGAGACAGAGAGAGAGAGAAGAGCGAGUGAGCAGGACAGGUUGGGAAGGACAGGGCAGAGGCAGCAGGAGCUCCGCUCACAGGACGGCGAGAAGAGCGUCCCUGCAGCGGGAGGACAGGUGGACAAGGGCACGGGCCACCAGAAGGCUUUUCCCACCUCCGCCCCGUCGCCGGGGAAACGCGCAGCUGAAGGAGCCUCUCUGCUCAGAGAGCUCAGGGAAGAGGACAGGUAGAGAGCGAACAGGUGAAGAGGGGCGUCCGUCCGGUCGUAGGCGGGAGGACCCCCGACGGCUCCGCGCCUUCGCAGAUCUGCAGGUCUGGAACCCUGCAAUGGUCCACGCCUGAGCAUCACCCCAGGCCUGCAGUAACCGAUCUGGGCAAGAAUCCAGCGAGAUCUCGUCCCUCCCUUUGAAGCCACCAUGAACACGGCUAAGGAACGCAAGCCCAAGAAGCCCCACUACAUCCCCCGGCCCCCAGGAAAGCCAUACAAGUACCAUUGCUUCCAGUGCCCCUUCACUUGCAACGAAAAGUCUCACCUCUUCAACCACAUGAAGUAUGACCUGUGCAAGAACUCCAUCUCCAUCUCCCAAGUGGUGAAACAACCUAAGACCCCAGUGGACAGCCCUCCCGCUGUCAGCACUCCAGCUGAAUCUGUAGACAAAACCACAACUGCGGCUCCACCCGCAACCACGUCCUUAAGCACAUCCAUAACCACACCUGUGCCAUCUAACUGCCCCGGAGAGCAGAACCAGAGCCUCUUGACGGAUGUUAGAGGAAGGAAUGCCGAGGUGGAGGAACGAGACAGGAGCCCCAAGCAGCGUGCCAAUGAAAGCUCACCAGAGUCAAAGGCGGAGAUGCUAGACGAAGAGGCCGAGAAGAUCCCGGCACGGUCCUCGGCCUUUUCCGCCAUCUCCAACCACCGAGAAGACAACAAAGACUUGGCGCCACCUGCACCCAAACCCGAGAGCUUAUUCCAGACUGUUGCCCCAUUCUAUCACCCGAGCUCGAUCUGGCGUCCCACUCCCACAUUCAUCCCCCACCCUCCCUUUGACCACAAACACAGCAAGGUACCGGGAUCCAGCUACCCUGCUCCCAUUUUUCCUGAGUACCCGGCCUACUUGCUCCCCGACGCCUCGCUGCUCCCACUCUACCAGCCCUUCAUGAUGCAGGAACAAGACAGGAUACACGGUGUCCGCCCCUACAUCCUGGACCCGCACAGGCCGCUGCUCUCUCGGCCCCUGUUUACCACACCUGCGCUCCACCCGCUGACAGAGCAGCAGUAUCGGUUCAUCCAGUCACCCCACCAGGUGCACCCAGUCCACUACGGCCUGUACCGUACUCCGGAUCAGCCCCAUCCCUGUUUCUUGGGGGUGGAGAACUUGCGACCUGAUAUGUACAGUAGGCCCUUGGGGUCUGGUGACUAUGGCCUUUACCAGACUCUGCAACCUCAUGCCGAGCGCAAGAGCACAGGUCCUCCCAUUCUGGACCAGGCAGAGGGGAAGGGACUGAGGAUGAGCCCCAAGGUGGGCUGCGCUGCCUCAGGUUCUCCAGACCGGCCCAGUACCAGUGACUUUGCUCAGAAGGAGUCCAACAGCUGCCCAGUGCCGGGCAAAGAUUCAUCUUUAUUGCACCCAUCGACUAAAGGUGUUGUCACCUCACAGCCAGUGAGGAAAGAAUCAACUGCCCCUGGAAGAUUAUCUCCCAGUCCAGGUCAAGAGGACCAGGCACAGGACACGGGGAGGUCAGAAGAGCCAGAAGAGUCUACUUCGAAUGAGUCAGGAGAGCCCGAAGCUGGAAAGGAGAAAGAAGAGCAAGACACUGCAGAGGAGGCUGAGGAGGAGGAGGGGGAGGAACAGGAGGACACUGGUCCACUGAACCUCUCGAAGAAGCAUGACACAAGCCUCCACAGCAGCAGGGGACACAGUCCACGUCCCCAGGACCUUCAUCAGGACAUGCCACUGAACCUGUCUUUGAGGGCCUCUCCGGACCACCAGCUCUGCUGUCGCGGGGGUAGUCUGGAACCGGGGCACUUGACAGCGAACCAGACACCCUACGGUGAGAAGGUACCAGCCCCGGAUUCGUGCGAGGAGCAGAAGCAGACGGCGGCCGUCGCGCUCUGCCAGCUGGCCAGCUCCGUCCUUUGCAACUCAAGUCCAAGUGGUCCCUCCUGCCAGCAAAUCGGGGAAGUCAGAGGCCCGACCCCACCCCCUACCCCGAAAUCUGAGCCGGCGGCACCAUACAACGCCUGCAGCAAGGUUCUGAAGAGACCCAGCUGUAGAGCAUCCCACAAACCUGUCCAGCAGCACUCCAAGAAGGCCAAGGUGUCCAUGUCCAGCCGGCCCUCGAGGAAGAAGUCCCGCUGCACCUGAGACAGGGGGCGCAAUCCAGCACCGGCCGCCUGGCUGUUCGCCUCACGGCCGGAUCCCAGCCCGCAGGGGUGAUGCGCACAGAAGCCAAGGGGACCACGAGAACAAGCUCUACUCGGACCGGAUGAGACCUUUAAGGACACCUUCGGAGCAUUAAAAGGCCGGUGAAAAAGACAUGGCCCAAGGAAAGUCCCACGAUGGAACAAUCUUUCCCCUUUUUUUCAGUUUUACUAGUGUACCUAACGGCAUUCCACAUGGACCAUGUAUACUGCGCAACAAGACAUGCUUCUGCAUGUUGACAGAAGCCUUUUGAAGACUUCCCAAGAGACAGAGAGGCGGGGAAGGGACUUCAUUUCAAGCUAAUAUAUUUAUUACGGACAGUGAGAACAGCACUGGGUGGUGGUUCGGUGUAAAUAGUGCCUGGCUUUAAUAAAAUAUAAAUGUAUUUAAACAUUUUA